AUGUACACUGAUCAUCAGGGCACUGAUGAUCAGUGUGCCCUGAUGAUCAGUGUAGCCCCAGCAGUGCCAGCUGUCGGUGUCCUUCAGUGCCACAUAUCAGUGCCUACCAGUGCACAUCAAUGCCACAUAUCAGUGCCCAUAUGAGCUGCUUUUCAGUGCCUACCAGUCAGUGCCACAUAUCAAUGCCAAUCAGUGCUGCCAAUCAGUGCCUCCUAUUACUGCGCAUCAGUGCUGCCUAUCAGUGCCAUGUAUCAGUGCUGCCUUUCAGUGCCCAUCAGUGAUGCCUGUCAAUGCCCAUCAGUGCCACCUAUCAGUGCUACCAGUCAUCAGUGCUGCCUAUCAGUGCCGCUUAUCAGUGUCAUGUAUCAGUGCUGCCUUUCAGUGCCCAUCAGUG